AUGAGACCGUUGCGAGAUGAUUCCAAACGCCGAGGGGACCGGAGGCUGAGCUCCAGCAUGAAAGCCACUUCAGCCCACCGUUUCUCAGAUCGGGUGCCAGAUCGCUUCAAGGAUGGGGACGAUUCUCAGAUGGAUUUCACCGCACCCCCACGGGGUAUGGGCUCUCGGGAUGGCAAUGUGCACUACAUGCAGCAGUCCCUCUUCUCCAUGAUUGCCGCCGUCGGCUCCAAGUCGGAUUUCCGGGCCCGAUUUGAUGAAUCGAGUGAUAGUGAUGGAGAGACUGAGGCCCAUCCGCGGAAAGAGCCUUCCUCAGCAGCAGUAUCAUCUCCGACCCGUUCCCCAUCAUCCGAUCGACCACAACCGAGCGAGAAAUCAGCAACGAAACCGCAGGGUGAUACCGAAGACAGAGGCCGUCACCACCGAAGGACGAUAUCAGACAAUAAAAUUCUGCGGAAACCAUCCCGACCGAGCUCCCAGAACAGAACUGAUGACCCUUCCGCACAGAGCGAGUCGACUCUCGCGAUUCCCCCUCUAAGGCGCACCCGCAGCGCGACGCCGCGGGCAGCUCCUGUCCUGAGUCGCAUGGUGGAGGCACAGACCCACUUCGAUAUAUCUGCCCCGGAGCGAUCGCCGUCUAAAUCUCAGGAACCGAUCGAAGACCGGCCACAAUCUUCAGCAUCCGCGCUCUCCACACGGCUGAUGGAGAUGUUCGGGUUCGAGACACCUGAGAAGGUCUUGGUCGAGUACGCUUGCUCAUUACUGCAGAGCAUGCUCCUCCAGGGCUAUAUGUACGUGACCGAAGGGCAUAUCUGCUUCUACGCCUACCUUCCAAAGAAGUCGAAUAUAGCGAUCAAGUCGGGCUACCUCUCCAAGCGCGGUCGCCAAAACCCUAAAUAUACUCGCUAUUGGUUUGCGUUGAAAGGCGAUGUCCUUUCGUAUUAUGCAGACUCUUCCAAUCUGUACUUUCCUAGCGGCCACGUCGAUCUUCGAUACGGCAUCUCCGCAACGCUCGCGGACCCGAAAGGCAAAGGCGAAGCCAAGGAUUUCCAAGUCACCACCGACCAACGGACUUACUUCUUUCGAGCGGAAAGUGCCACAAGCGCCAAGGAAUGGGUGAAGGCUCUUCAGAAAGUCAUCUUCCGGACACACAACGAAGGCGACAGCGUCAAGGUGUCUUUCCCCAUUAAAAACGUCAUUGACUUGGAGGAGAGCCCCAUGGUCGACUUCGCCGAGACAUUUAAGAUUCGAGUUGUCGAUAGUGGCGAAACCUUUGCUGUUGAUGAGUAUUUCUUUUCAUUUUUCAAUUCGGGAAAAGACGCCUUCGACUAUCUGAAAGACUUGGUGAAUACUACAUAUUCAAAGAAUGUGUCAAAAGAGACAUCGGACCAGCGCGAUUCGCAAGUUCAAGCUAAGCCAGACCAGACUGAUCGAACGAGACUGACGGUCAGCAGUGGACUACCCUUCGGGAAGAGGGAGGAACAUCUGCCUCGCAGGCCGGGCGCAGGUGUUGGCAAUGGGCAUCAAGGUUCAUCCGAUUCAUUUGAGGAGCAAGGAACCGAGUCUUCGCCCGUUGUGCAUUCCAUGACAGACACGACUGAAUCCGCAAGUCAAAUACUGAACCGAAGUGAUGUCUUUCAGUCUCCUACGAUACACACCUGGCGUAGACAUUCAUCCGACGAAGGGCAGGUCAGCCGUCGACGCUCUGAUGAUACAGCCCGUUCUGCAUCCGCGCGACUGGAUACUUCUGCUGGUCCGAGCCAGUUGGAUAUGGCUGUAGGUGGCAUGGAUGGGAACGCAGAGAACAUAUGCUUUGCUUCCGGUCAGUCUGACCAGAUAACGCCGGACCCGUCGAAGUUCCAUUCGGCUGCCUCGCUGAAUGAACUUGUCAAGGCAGGAUCAUAUCCCCUCCAGCGCGCUGCAGGAUUUGCAGACUACCUGAGAAGUCGAUCAAAACAGAUGAGCAGCUUGUUGGCAACCGAAUCAAUGGGUUAUAUAGAGAAGGUGUCUGGCAUGUGGACUGGGGGUCAGAAGCACUACGGGGAGGCCGAGGGCGUGUUGGCUGAAGGCCAAAACGUGGAUCCCGAGGACAAGGAAGGCGGCUUUAAUUAUGGUGAUCGCUUCCGCGCCCAUUUCGCCCUUCCGUCAAGGGAGAGGCUGCAAGCGACAUAUUACGCCUAUUUACACCGCGUGUUGCCCCUCUACGGCAAGAUUUACAUCAGCCAAAGGAAGCUCUGUUUUCGCAGUCUCAUUCCUGGCACGCGCACCAAGAUGAUUCUUCCGCUGAAAGAUAUGGAGAAUGUUGAGAAGGAGAAAGGCUUUCGGUUUGGCUACCAUGGACUUGUGGUGAUCAUCCGCGGCCAUGAAGAGCUUUUCUUCGAGUUCAAUACGUCGGAUUCCCGGGACGACUGUGCUGUGACGUUGCAUCAGAACCUUGAAUCGGUCAAGUUUUUGGUGGGAUCUGGAUUGUUGGCGGAAGAGGAGCGAGAGGAAGUCGAGGCGGCCAAGGCCGAGCAUCGCAUGCUGCAAGAAGCUAGAAUGGACCAGCCCGAAGAGUAUGAUUCUCGCCCAACGCUCAACGAGGACUCUUCCGAGAUUCAUCCGUUUUUUGAUGAUCCUCGUGCUUCGAUCAUCAACUUCAAACCUGCUGAACCUUUGAGGAUUGCUUGUCUGACCAUCGGCUCCCGGGGCGAUGUACAGCCGUAUAUUGCUCUGUGCAAGGGGCUACUUGCGGAGGGCCACAAACCAAAGAUUGCCACGCACGCCGAAUUUGAGCCGUGGAUCCGAAAGCAUGGGAUCGACUUUGCACCUGUGGAAGGAGACCCUGCAGAGCUGAUGCGUAUUUGCGUUGAGAAUGGCAUGUUUACCUUUUCCUUCUUGAAAGAAGCAUCAUUGAAGUUCAGAGGUUGGAUUGAUGAACUUUUAUCCUCGGCAUGGACCAGUUGUCAGGACAGUGAUCUGCUCAUCGAAUCGCCCAGUGCUAUGGCCGGCAUCCAUAUUGCGGAGGCGCUUCGGAUUCCUUACUUCCGCGGCUUCACCAUGCCCUGGACGAGGACGCGGGCAUAUCCGCAUGCAUUUGCAGUCCCAGAACAUCGAAUGGGCGGGGCGUACAACUAUAUCACGUACGUCAUGUUCGACAACGUUUUUUGGAAAGCGAUUGCCGGACAGGUCAACCGAUGGCGCAACAACGAGCUGGGAUUGAAGGCUACUGCUUUGGACAAAAUGCAACAGAACAAGGUCCCAUUCUUAUAUAAUUACUCGCCCUCCGUGGUGCCCCCUCCUCUCGACUACCCGGAUUGGAUCCGCAUCACCGGCUACUGGUUUUUGAGCGAGGGUUCGGAUUGGACCCCACCGGCUGAGCUGUCAGACUUCAUUGAACGAGCCCGAAAAGAUGGCAAAAAGAUUGUGUAUAUUGGGUUUGGAUCAAUCGUGGUUUCGGACCCGUCAGCCCUCACGCGGACCGUCAUUGAAUCUGUCCGGAAAGCCGACGUGCGCUGCAUCCUCUCAAAGGGAUGGUCCGACAGGCUCGGUGACCCUGCCAGUACCAAGUCUGAAAUCCCUCUGCCACCAGAGAUCUACCAGAUUCAAGCCGCACCCCACGAUUGGCUGUUCUCCCAAAUUGACGCUGCCGCCCAUCAUGGUGGGGCGGGAACCACCGGUGCCAGCUUGCGUGCCGGUGUGCCCACUAUUGUCAAGCCAUUCUUUGGUGACCAGUUUUUCUUCGGUGGCCGGGUCGAGGAUUUGGGCGUGGGCAUCUGCAUGAAGAAACUGAAUGUCAGUGUGUUCUCGCGCGCACUCUGGGAGGCCACGCACAGCGAGCGGAUGAUCAUCAAGGCCCGCAACCUGGGUGUGCAGAUCCGGAAUGAAGACGGCGUGGCUACCGCAAUCCAAGCUCUUUACCGCGACCUCGAAUACGCCAAGACGCUUGCCCGACAACGCUCAAUCGCCUCGUCCACGCCGUUCUCGCCGACCCCUUCGGCCAAGGUCUCGCCGGAUGAGGGUGACGAAGAUCUAGACGAUAUCGAGGAAUGGACCUUUAUAGGUGACGAGACGGACAUCGACAUCUCGAAACGGAUGCGCGAUCGAGCUGCCUCUGAUGCUGACCAGCUCGCCAUGAACAUGUUCUCAUGA